AAACACACACACUCACUCAACACUCACACAGUCACUUAACACACAACACUCCCAACUCCCUGCCAUUCCUGCCAUGGCCGCCUCCACCAUGUCUGUCUACUCUGAUGCUCUCACCAACUCCUCCUGGCAGGUGGAUGACUGCCCAGAGAGCUGCUGUGAGCCCUGCUGCUGUGCCCCCAGCUGCUGCCAGACCAGCUGCUGCCAGCCAAGCUGCUGCCAGACCAGCUGCUGUGCCCCAGCCCCCUGCCUGACCCUUGUCUGCACCCCAGUGAGCUGUGUGUCCAGCCCCUGCUGCCAAUCUUCCUGCUGCACACCCUCAUGCUGCCAGCAGUCUAGCUGCCAGCCAGCUUGCUGCACCUGCUCCCCCUGCCAGCCAUCCUGCUGUGUGACCCUUUGCUGCAAGCCUGUCUGCUGCACACCCAUCUGCUCUGGACCAUGCUGCCAGCAGUCUAGCUGCCAGUCCUCAUGCUGUCAAUCCCCCUGCUGUGUGCCUAUCUGCUGCAAGCCUGUGUGCUGCACACCCAUCUGCUCUGGCUCCUCCUCCUGCUGCCAGCCCUCCUGCUGUGCUCCUGUGUGCUGCAAGCCCUGCUCCAGCCUGUCCCUGCUGUGUCACCCAGUGUGCAGACCUGCCUGCUGUGUGCCCACCUCCUCCUGCUGUGCCUCCUCCUGCCAGCCCAGCUGCUGUGGCCCAACCUCUAGUGUGUCCCUGCUGUGCCGCCCUGCCUGCUGCAGACAGGCCUGCUGUGGACAGAAGUCCAGCUGCUGAGGGCCAGGACCCACGAAGGCAGCAGGGCACAGAACCACACCUCCAUCAGCCUGUGGUUGCUACUCAUGGAGGUACAGCUCAGAAGAAAGAUGUGUACAGUCUGACGAGAAACCUGAG